AUUGUUUAUGUUCAUGUUCCGCCCUAUCGUACGCAUCGAACACGUACGGAUACCUACCACGCAACGCGAACAGGUACGGUACGCUUUGUCUCUUGUCGGAGGAUCAUCAUUUUGCUCUUGGGGCGUUAAGGACGACGUUCGCCUGGACGAGUGGGCAAGCGUGACAAUGACGAAGUCCCGUGCAUGGUCCACGUCAGGUAUAACGGACGUGAAGGAAUUGCCGAGGAAGGAAGCUGGGAAAGGGACGAUCGACUUGACGGAUCAUGCGUCCUUUAAGACCUGGAGGAUAGGGCGUCGGGACGGCCCCCGUCUGCCCUCUCGAAUAGAAACCCAAGUCCGUGAUAGCUACUGGCCUAAGCUCAAAAAAGAAGCGGACCGGGCUGAUGACAAUUAAUAUCCUUAUUCGAAGACCCCAGCGUCGUCUUUGGAGGUGAAGAGGCUCGGCCAUCCACGGAGUCCUGGUCGAGAGUCGGGAGAGUGGACCAAGGUGAGUCGUGGUGGGUGAUGCUGGAGAGGCGAUAAAAUCGCAAGAGCGAGAACGUACCGUAGCUAUCUCGCCAUUUACCGGCGCCGUCAUACCACAUGGGUGUACACCAUCGACUCUUUAUUCUUCCUUCUUUCUCGAGCCUUGCGCUUCUUCGCUUC